AUGAUCGACGAGGGACGUCCAGUUCAAGCCGCAGCUCAAGGGGCGGUUGUGUGGAAUGCGCCAGACAAACCAGAUAAUCGCCAAAAAGAAACCGAACGAGAAAACAAUAACACAACAUCGAUAUUCAACAUCACAGACGAAACUGGCAAUCCUGACCUGAAGCAAGUACCAAACAAUACCCUCGACGCUUCGGGACACGUUUACCAGGCUUCCGAAAGUUCAAGCGACCAGUCAACCGAUCACACCAGCGAUCAUUCCAAUCGUCAUUCCAACAUUAGCAAUGACCAAAAGGACAGUUUUGAGGAAGCAUUUCCUAAUACGAAUGCCUAUGCGGGCGGGGAAACUGGGGAAAACCGUAUUAAAGAACGCACGGAUGAUGCCGAAUUAAAGUCAGAAAAUCCUGACCCCACCGACCCGCUGGCAAAGGAUCGAGAAUUUCGUCAGCUGCAUCUGAAUACAAACGUCCACGAAGAUAAAGAUAACAACAGUGAUACCACAGGAUCACCAAAACGCAGCCCGAAACUGUCCUAUCCUUUACCUCUCGAACCAACCGACCCCGAUACACUCAUUAAAGGCUUGGAGCUGAACGCUCUCAAAUACAUUGUCGUAGCAUGCUUUGUUUGCUAUCUGUGUGGUCGAUUCCGAUUUGGCAUCUUUUUCGGACUCCUUACUAUUGCAGGAGGUGCUAUGGCUUUCUGGAUUCUAGGUCAGGAAACAAAGAAAGGCUUAGAAUGGCAAUUGGAAAAGCAAGAAGGCAUGAGAACCUUAUAUACUUCUGAAGGCGAAUCAGUGGAAUGGCUCAACUAUAUUGCUGAAAAGAUCUGGCGUAGCAUCGAUCCCCAGAUUUUUGCGCUAGUCGAAGAUAUCUUGGAAGACACAUUGCAAAGUGUUGCACCUAGCUUUAUCAAAGCCAUUAAAGUCACCGAUUUCGAUAUCGGUGUUCAGGCGCCUCGUAUUCAAAUCAUUCGUGUCUUUCCUCCCUUGCCAGGCCAACCCGAAGAGAGUAUUUUUGGUGAGGCGGCAUUCAGCUUCCAUGCGGAUCCCGUGGCUUCCUUGACAACCAAACGUGGCAUUACGGCAACUCCUCCAGGCAUUGGAAUCCGGUUUCAAACGGCCAUUAAUGCUCCCAUUGAUAUCAAGGCCGAAUUGACAGCCGUGUCAGGAAAAUUACGGUUCAAAAUUUUGACUUCGCCAGAACUUCCAUUCAUUUCCAAGGUGACCAUUGCUUUCACCAGUGUUCCUACCAUUGAAACCGGCGUGAUGCCCUUGACAAAGCAUUUAAAUAUCAUGAAUUUGCCGAUGAUCAAAGCCAUUGUCAAUGAAGGUGUCAAGCUCGGUUUUGCGGAUCUGGUCGAUCCAAAGAGCAUGACCAUCGAUAUUCGCACGCUGAUCGGAGCUGCAAAUCAGGAUACAAGUGCCAUCGGUGUGGUCAAGGUUGAAAUUAGAGAAGCUUACAGAGAUGCUUCUAUUGACUUCCAAGAUAUGCAAGAUUCGUACGCAACAUUGGCUCUUAGCAACCAGCCGAAGCGUAGCAUGUCGAGUAGUCGUGUAUUGACCAAUGAUAAGGAUCCUCGAUGGAAUGAAAACCUUUACAUCUUGGUGCAUGAAGAUGAUAUCGUUUCGGAGACCAAGGUGGAUGUCAAAGUGUGGGACGCUGACAAGAUUAAAUUCGAUGAUCUCUGGGGUUCUAUUUCCAUUUCGGUCAAGGAAAUCGUCCAAGGCCAAGUGGACAAACUUGGCAAUGUAUCAGACUGGUGUAAGGAAGAACGCGUUAUUUUUGAUGGCUGGGCCCCGAUCGACGGCAAAGACGAGAAGGAGUCAAAAGUGAAACUUAAUUUCAAGAUGAGUUUCCAUCCAAAGUAUGCCACCCGUAAACCCGAUCUUUUAUCCGGCGCUACAAAGAAGGUAUCCGAGAUGACGGAAGAGCCCGAUGAGGAAGCCGAGGAGGACAUUCGCGUUUCUCCUCAUCAUACCAAUGGUAUUCUCUCGGUGCAAAUCCAUCAAGCAGUGGACCUAGAAAUCGGAGAUCCCGAGGUUUUGCCUGCCGACGAAUUGAAGCAUCCUUACAAUCCAAACAAUGUCGUGAGUCCCUAUGCUGUGCUUUAUAUCAAUGAUAGAAAGGUGUAUCGCACUCGAGCCAAAUUACGCAACCCAAGUCCCCAUUGGAAUGCUCUCACAGAACACUUUAUCAAGAACUAUGACGAUGCUUAUGUUCGCAUCUCGAUCAAGAACUCCAUGGAACUGGAACGCGAUCCCGUAUUGGGAACGAAGACACUCAAACUUUCUGAAAUCUUUGCCGACCAAGAUGCCAAAUUCAAGGAAUCACAAAAAUGGAUCGCUCUGGCCAACGGUAUUGGCUUUGGCAAAGUUCUUGUGACCCUGAAAUACAAGCCUGUCAAACUGACUCUGCCACGUAAUCUGCAAGGUGCAGAUGUUGGGACGCUCAUCAUUGAUCAUGUCCGUCUGGAGGAUCUUCAAUCACCCUUUGACUCAAAAUACGCGUCAUCGACAAAGGCAGCUCUUUCUCUCAAUGUGGAUCCUGUUAUUACCCGACGUUUGAAGGCCAAGGACCUUCAGACGCACCAGACAGCUGACGGCAAAACGGUAUACGCAUGGGACGGCAAACGCUUCUAUUUCCCGUUGAUGAUGCGCUACCGAACGGCAUUGUAUGCUCACAUCAGUCAAGGCACCAUGACCAGCAACAAGGCCACGGGUCGCUACUGGCUUAAGGAAGCGGUGGACAAUGAAUGGAUGGACAUUGUGAUUGGCCUGCAAGAUCAUUUGUCGGAACAAGGCAAAGAAGCCAACCGCAACGAAGACGAUUGGCCCACGGAAGGCAAAUUCGGCAAAAUUAUCAUCCGAGCUAAAAUCAUCCCCGGAUUUUCCCCUGUGCACACCCAUUUGCAUACCUUUAACCAGGAUAUGGUGGGCGCCGAUCCUUUCCAUGACGCGCGACUCAAAGCCAAAGCUCAAAAGUGGAUCCGUGACCAAUCCAACGAAGACGAUAACGAAGAAGAAAAUUCCUUGCAAGACCAAGACAUUGAGGUGCAGGCCGCUGUUCAUUCCGAGAAGGAGAAGCGACGUACCUCUGGAAGUUCCGCGGAAACGGAAGACGACGCCGAAGAAGAGGAUGCUGAAUAUCUUACCGAGAUGGGCGAUCAGUAUAAGAAUUCUAAAAUCAGCAAACAUCGUGUGAUUCGUAAAUUGGCGUGGAGCACCGAUGUCGUCAAGAACAAGGUCGAGGCACUCCGCGAAGGAUUCAACUCGGAAACACGAGCCAGUCGUUCUGUAGCCAAAGAAGUAUGA